AUGACGUCCAAUCCUCCACAUAGACAAACGAUGCUUCUAAGUAAAAGAAUAUCCACCUUCUUGCAGCAUAAUAUAUCAUCACAUCUCCAUACACUAAUGCUUCUCACCCCGACUGGAAAACUUCUCAGUACCUCAUCAACUUCACCAGCCUCAAUACUACGUCACCAAGGUACCCUCGCCCUAUCACUCUGGACUCUCUACUCCCCAUUUCCAUCGCAAACCGUAUCAGAUGCUCUCCCUUCAAAUGGCGCAUCUUCAAAUGAUCCUGAUCCCAAAUCCCGAGAAACGAAAAGUAUAUUAAUACAAAUGGAAUUCGGGGUAAUGGUAAUACGAAAGUUAGCUUGUGGGUUAUUAUUCGUGGCAAUAGGUCCAGCACCCGGAGUAUCAGGAACAGGAACACCGCAGAUUCAGAGAGAGGGUUUAAUAUCAAUAUCACAACCGGGUUCACCAGAUGGAGGUCAUGAGAGGGAAAUUAUAAGAAGUGGAGAAGGAAGUGAGACGGCGAGUUUGAGGAGUGCCAGAGGAGGUGGAGUAGGUAUUACGGGAAUGAGGAGACAGGCAGAAGAAUUGGGAAGAUGGUUAGAAGGGGCAUUGGAUGGAUUGGUUUUGAGUACAGCGGAACGAUAA